CACGGCCUCGCAGACGCAGGCGCUGGCAGCCGGAGAGAAAGUUCCCGGGGAGAGCUCGCCCCCAGAGGGCCGUCGUCGAGGCUGCUCGAGGCGAGGGUUGCAGGUCCCGCGCGUCCCGCCUGCCUCCCCAUCUGAGCGCACUGGGCCGCCGGGGCUUGGCUCUCCGGGAAGCAGGGAAACAUCGCUGGCCGGCGGCCGCCGCCAAACUUGGAGGGGGAGGAUGCUGCGAGUGCGAGCGGCGGCGCAGGGCGCAGGGGCACACUGAGUGCUACCGGGGCUGCGGCCGGGUGAGGGCGCCGAGGCUGAGCGGGCAGGUAAGGGGCGCCAGCGCCAGGACUGCGCCAGCCCUGCGAGCCAGGGCCGCCAGCGCCACCGUGCCGGCGUCGCCUCCUCGCCACGGAGCCACGGUGAGCGGAGCGCGCACGCCGCGCGCGGGACUCUGAGCUCCGGCCGCGCCGCGCGCCUGCACCUCCUCUCUCCCCUCUGGGCUUCCCCGCCGAGCUCGCCCGCGGGCCAUGAAGCUUUGGCCCGUAGCCCCUCGCCUCUGAGCCUCGCAUCGCCCGCUCCAGUCCACGCCGCUCCGCCACAGAUAGCACUCCGGCCAGUGGGGCUCCCCAUCCUCUGCCAGAGACUGCAUCCAGGCGCUCCGGGAUGGCGCUCCGCGGCCCCCCGCGGCCGCGCAAAGUUCGCAGGAGACGAGAGAUGCUGUGGCAGCAAGUUGGCUUCGUGUGCGCGAUUUUGGCGCUGGUGUGCUGUGCGUCUGGUCUCUUUGGCAGCUGGGGGCACAAAACAGCUUCUGCCAGCAAACAUGUUUUACCAGACACAUGGAGAAGUAGAAGGCUGAUGGCACCAGUGAAUGGGACUCAGACAGCUAAGAACUGCACAGAUCCGGCGAUUCAUGAGUUCCCCGCAGACCUGUUCUCCAAUAAAGAGCGACAGCACGGAGCCGUCCUGCUACAUAUCCUUGGUGCUCUGUACAUGUUCUACGCCUUGGCCAUAGUGUGCGAUGACUUCUUCGUUCCGUCUCUAGAGAAGAUCUGUGAGAAACUCCAUCUGAGCGAAGAUGUGGCUGGAGCCACCUUCAUGGCUGCGGGAAGCUCGACGCCAGAGCUGUUUGCCUCUGUAAUUGGUGUGUUCAUCACUCAUGGGGAUGUCGGGGUUGGGACCAUCGUGGGCUCUGCCGUGUUCAACAUCCUGUGUAUAAUCGGAGUUUGUGGACUGUCCGCAGGGCAGCAGGUCAUCCGUCUGACGUGGUGGGCCGUGUGCCGAGACUCUGUGUACUACACCCUCUCUGUCGUUGUGCUCAUUGCCUUCAUAUAUGAUGAAGAAAUUGUGUGGUGGGAAGGCCUGGUGCUCAUCGUCUUGUACGUGUUUUACAUUCUGAUCAUGAAGUACAAUGUGAAGAUGCAGGCCUUUUUCACAGUCAAACAAAAGACCAUUGCAAAUGGCAACACGGUCAGCAGUGAGCUGGAGGAUGGUAAUGAUUACUGUGGUAGUAGCUCUGAUGACCCUUCCAUGCCAUUGCUGGGGCAAGUGAAGGAGGAGCCGCAGUACAGCAAAAACCCAGUGGUGAUGGUGGAUGAGGUCAUGAGCUCCAGCCCUCCCAAGUUCACCUUCCCAGAAGCAGGCUUACGCGUAAUGAUCACCAAUAAGUUUGGGCCCAGGACUCGUCUGCGCAUGGCCAGCAGGAUCAUAAUUAACGAGAGGCAGAGGCUGAUCAGCUCGGCAAACGGUGUGAGCAGCAAGCCACUUCAGAACGGGAGACACGAGAGCAUAGAGAACGGGAACGUUCCUGUGGAAAACCCUGCAGAGCUGCAACAGGAGCGGGAGCAGCCGCUGCCACCCCCAGAGCCAGAGCUGGUCGAGGCCGCUUUCCUGUCCCCCUUCUCCAUGCCCGAGGCAAGAGGGGACAAAGCCAAGUGGGUGUUGACCUGGCCACUCAUCUUCCUCCUGUGCGUCACCAUCCCCAACUGUAGCAAGCCCCGCUGGGAGAAGUUCUUCAUGCUCACCUUUGCCCUUGCCACGCUGUGGAUCGCUGUCUUCUCCUACCUGAUGGUGUGGCUGGUGACUAUUAUUGGAUACACCCUUGGAAUCCCUGAUGUCAUCAUGGGCAUUACUUUCCUUGCAGCAGGCACAAGCGUUCCAGACUGCAUGGCCAGCUUGAUUGUGACGAGACAAGGCCUUGGUGACAUGGCGGUCUCUAACACCAUAGGAAGCAACGUGUUUGACAUCCUCGUGGGACUCGGUGUACCGUGGGGGCUGCAGACCAUGGUUAUUAAUUAUGGAUCCACGGUGAAGAUCAACAGCCGGGGUCUGGUCUACUCUGUGGUGUUGCUGCUGGGCUCCGUCGCUCUCACCGUCCUCGGCAUCCAUCUGAACAAAUGGAGGCUGGACCGGAAGCUGGGGAUCUACGUGCUGGUUCUCUACGCCAUCUUCUUGUGCUUCUCCAUAAUGAUAGAGUUUAACGUCUUUACCUUUGUCAACUUGCCGAUGUGCCGAGAAGACGAUUAAAACGUAGCCACUGCCCCCCACGCCCGGGAGCUCUUCUGGACGCUCCGGCGCUGGCGUCCUCCUUCUCCUCCCCUCCCCCACCACGAGUCUCUCCUGCAUCGGCAGCCACCGCCUGCUCUUUCAUGCACCGGAAGGAAGAGCCAUCGUGGUCUUUGUGUGGUCACGGGCCAGGCUGCUGGGCCUCCUCCGCCUGGGAGUUCUGCCCCCCAAAAGGCAAGAUUCAGGGGGCGCUGUUUGAGCAGCUUCUCAGCCCUCUGAGCCACCAGCCAUAGGGACGUGGCAUGUGUCUCCUCUUUUGGACACUUGGAUCACGAGGACUUCUGUGUGCUGGUUGUCCUUCUGUCGCACUGCGGCCUUGGAAAUGAGGCGGGCGGUGAACACAGGGUCUCCUGUGGCAAUGCAGAAUAGGAGCGUUGUUCUCAAGGGUCCCCUCUGGGCCAGAGAGUGUGGGCUCCUUGGGCAGCGUGUGCUACUAAGAGCUUCUGAAUCCUGCCGGAGGCACGGUUUGUUGGGAGUUUGGGGCUGUGACGGCAAGCACUCCAACCCUUUAUUCUGAAAAAAUUGCAAGAAUGGAAACAGUUGUUCACAGCAGAAGAGAGAAAACGAGUGAAUAUUCUUAUCACUUUCAUUGAUGCAUUCAGAGAACGAGCAAUGAAACAUUAAAAAUAAAAUGUUAGCUAUACAUCUUCAUACUUGAAAAAUAUCAUUCCAUACAAAGAACCUUGAUGGGGACCAAAAAGGUAAUGCUUAUGGAAAACAAAUCCUAUGUAUAUCGUGUUGCACUGACACUAAGAUGUUUGGUUUGGAACAUAGAAAAGAGCGGAAGACUAACAUCUAAACGGGUGCUAACUCAGAGACACGGUGGAGAUGGUAGUUUACAGCCAUUCAUUCCAGACUUCCUGUGGCAUGGGACGCACUGUCAGUUUGGGUUUGUCAUUCCUUGUUAAUGCUCUGCUCUCAAAACCACCCUGUUCAAAGGCCCAAUUGUUUAUAUGCCCAACAAAUUUCAUAGCCUGCUGAACUGGAAUGCGUGUGCCGGAAAUAAUGGUUACUGACAAGAAGAGAGAUUUCCUGAAAAACCACCAGUUGCUCUCUGCUGAGCUGGAGGCGAGUAUGAAAACCGUAACUUGGAAUUUUUUAGAGCUAAGGUUGUUGAACCUUAUAGUUUGCUCCACAGGAAAGGCCAAAGAUGGGAAGUUGAUUCAAAAAUAGAUAGAAACAUAUUAAACAAUUUCGACUGCUUCAUAGCUCUCAAAUAUAUAUUAAAAAGAUUUACGAACACAAACCAUUCCUGGUUUCUAAAAAGAAAGCACAAUUCAUUUUAUAUAGAGGUGUUCUUUUUUUAUUUUUUUAACGUUUCUAUUGCAAAAGGCUAUCAGAUUUGAUGCACUUUUAAUAUUGGGCUGUUUUGCACAGAGGACUGUAUGGGAAUGCCCCAUGAUGCUGUGAGGAAAAGAGGCUUUUCGUGAUUCACCAGUAAUCAGUCAUGGGUGAUGAGUGUAAAUCCAACAGCUUAUUCUUUCCUCAGGCACAAAGGUUGUGACCCGCAGUGGAAUUUGUGGCUGUGCUCUUUGGGGCCUCCUGAAUUUCAGAAGGAGGACGUGUUCAAGCUUACGUCCCUAAAAUUCCCUUAGCACAGGCCUAAGACAUGACAACUCCAUCACCAGGCUUCUCUUCUGCAUCCUCAUCAGUGUUAAGACUUCUCUUUUCGUUUCUCUACUUAGAUACUCAGUGGUCUUCUGGUUGAGGAGAAGGGCGAUUUUCCUAAGAAAUUAGCUAAGUGGGAGGCCAGGGAGCCCGUUGGUUCAUCAGUAUAAAUGUCUAGAUGCAGAGGGUUUCAGAGCCCUCAGGACCGCUCUGUGCCCUCAUAAAAUAGCAGCCUGGUCAUCUCCAUCUUCUCCAUCUAACAGACUCAUCCAGGUUUCAAACUGUGUCUGUCUCUGUUUGGCGUCUCAAAACUGCCCUGUGACGUAAGUAGGGAUUACUGUCCCCGUUUAACAGGAAAUGUAGUCUUGGAGAGGUCAGGUGACUCUAGGUCAAUGGCUAGUAAGUAGCAGAACAGGGACCAAGCUCCAGAUCGCCACCCGGCUGAGCCAGUCCAGUGUGUGGCCAUCCUUGGUGGGGCGAGUGUGCCUAUGUCCUUGUCCUUGGGGUUGGUUGCUCCUUAUUGCUUGAGUCAAAACUUCAUCAAGUUUCUAAUUGACAUCUGGGUGCUCCAGCUCACAUCCUAAUAUUUAUCUCCAACCUGUGUCCCUAUUAUUUUCCAAUAAAGACAAAAAAAUAUUUUUAGCCACAACAAGGCACAGGCUACACGGUCCCUGAUGACAUCCCUGCUGGUGUUCAAUUCUUUGAAUCCUCGUGUAGCUUUCAGAGAACACAUCCUAAUCACCCACCUCUUCCUCAGCAGAACCCAUUUGAGAUUAUAAAUAUGCUGCAGUUGCAGUUUGAGACAAAAAAUAAUGUUUCUAGCGUGUAGAGCAGUCCUCCUGGCUAAUUCUCUUAUGACGUUAAUGUGCCAAUGUAACUUCCUUAAAGGAUCUAUGCAUUUAUUGUAUCUAGGAAACUAUAUAUACACUGUAGGUGCAGAAUUCUCUUUUUUAACUAGAUAUUUUUCCAUCUCAAGUUUAAAGAAUUGCUUGAUUAAUUAGGCCUUCAUUUUAAAAUACUGCUUUCAUCACUGCACAGGAUUACUUCCUUUAUUUUAUCCGAAGCUAGUUAGCAGAAGGUAAAGUUACUCUGCUACAAAAAUAGGCAAUCUGAAAGAUAAACUUAGCUCUUCAAAUUGGGGGCAGAAAAUGAACCACUGCCCUCAGAUAGAAAACGUCUAUAAAAGCAGGAGCUGGUGGUUCCUGUCCAUUUCUGGUUUGGAAUUUACCUUCGCCAGCCCAAGCAUAGUCAGGGGGGAAGGGGUGCAGUGUCUUGAGAACGCAGCCCUGGAGGAAGGUUCUGGGUCAGCUGCAGUGAGAGACUACUGUUAAGGGCAGGUCAGGGGCAUCCCACCCCCAUCCUUCCUGUAACCCACAGCUGCUGGCCUCUGUGUUUGUCUUCCGCGUGCACCGAUCUUGUGAGUUUUCACCUGUUCAUUACCUGCUCCCCCACCCCUCACGCCGCCUAUUAAGGCUGUUUCUUGCUUCUCCCCGUCAAUCUUCUGCCUUUACAGACCCAAGCAGCUGAAAAGGCAUAACCCCCGGGGAGCCAGCUGAAACCAGAUGGGCAUGCCCACCACUCCAGGGCAGCCCUGCAGACCCCGACCAAAGACCCCUUCUGGGCUGCCCAGGGUCUAGGUCCCAAGGGAAGAAACUGCCCCCUCUUCCCUUUUGACGAGGAUUUGCAAGGCUUGUAGCAUCAGCAGGAGACCAGCCCUCAGGGAACACCAGACUCCACAAACAGGCUGGGAAUCCAGGAAGGGUGUGGGCAGCCUCUUUGGCUGACACCCUUCUUUCCUCCAGGCAUUUCCCCUCCCUGAGCCCUAGGGCCCCUCCCUCUCCUUAAGGUGGAUGUGGACAGAAUCGAGAUGGACUGGGAGAGGGUCACUUCCUUGCCUCCUUCCCCAGGUGUGAAAUGGGCUAGCGGGGUUAAGGUCUGGAGCAGGGCAGGAGAGAAGCAGAGAGCCUCCAGCUCGGGCUGGCCCCUGUGAGCUCGUGGCCCUCCCGUCCGCCCUGAUGCUGAGUGGGCCCUUAGGCCUGGGGUUGGCCUCUCACACGCCACCCUUUCCUUCUCUGGUAAGCCCUUUUCCUCCCCUGGCAGGGAAAAGAUGGUUGUACAGGUAUGUGACAGGCUCUCAGCAGAUGCUUGUUGCUUGAAUAAACAAAGAACUUGCCUGUUAGGGUGAAAAUCUUCAGGAGGUGGUUCCCGAGUCCUGUGAUUUAAAUAUUCCCAGGUCCCUCUAACGCCUUCUGAACAUCAUUUCUGUGUGAGUCUUGGGGCAGUUAGCAGAUGCGCCCAGGGCCCCUGAGAUGGGCCACAGCUCAGCAACUUCGUCACCACGUGGUGCUCAGAGAAACUUCCAGAAAUUUUUGAAAACGCUCUCUGGGCAGCUCUUGGGUGGCAGGAAGUCCAUCAUCCCCCAUCCAUCCCUGCACCCAAUGUGGUGCCCCUGGCCCCUGCCCUUUCUAUGUGGAUUCACCCAGAGCAUCCGGGCAGCCCACCAGCUGUGAGCCCUUACUCUCUGCAGCUGGUCACAUGAGCCCUUCAAGUGCGAAGAUGCUCACAGGGCCUUCUGGAAGCAUACGGAAGGGGCCCCUCCAGCACUGGGUCACUCUCCCCCACUGUGUCUGUCAUGGGGGUGGUAGAACAGGAGGGUCUUUGCACGGGCCCAUCCUACAAGGCAAGACACAGGUGGGACGCAGAUUUCGAUACCUGGCUCGUGUAGGGCCCCUUUGCCUUGCUGCAGAGACCUGUUCCCCCAAGGGCACAGUCCACAACAGUAUUUUUGGCUGUGUUGGGUCUUCGUUGCGGUGUGCAGGCUUCUCAUUGUGGUGGCUUCUCAUUGCAGAGCACAGGCUCAGGCGCGUGGGCUUCAGUAGUCGUGGCUCAUGGGCUCAGUAGUUGUGCCUCGCGGGCUUAGUCGCUCCGCGGCAUGUGGGAUCUUCCUGGACCAGGGAUCGAACCCAUACCCCCUGCAUUGGCAGGUGGAUUCUUAGCCACUGCGCCACCAGGGAAGUCCCGUAACGGUACAGAUUUUUAAAAGGCUGUUGCAUUUGCUUCUUAAUAGGGAAUACUAAAUUGGGACACUAGCUUAGUACGUGCUUAACUUCAAACCUCUUAGCCAAUGGGGUCAGUCUUCGAAGUCACACGCUACCCAAUCUCAAGGAAAUCGUACCUGCAUGAAAUGGGGAGAAGUGCUUUUCUCCCAUCCUGCCACCCAGAAGGAGCUAUGUUCUCCAUCACAACAGGGAAGCCAGCUGGGUUGUAUUAGAGCUUUGAUUAUUUUAUGGGGAUUUUUAAAAGUUCUCACUUUUCAAUGACAAAUGGCUCCCCAGUUCCCUUGGUCUCUGCUAAAUCCUCACACACUGCUGGGGGCCAGGGGCGUGCUUGGUGUCAUCUUUUACCUGCGUGCUUCUGAGUCUUUCCAUCACCUCUUAUGGUGCCAGUGUCUGGUCAUCAAGGUGGCGUGUCCUCCGCACGCUUUGUAGCAGGGGUUGAGAACAUAUCCUCUUCUAGUCUGGGAAAACAUCUGCUUCCUGAACACCCUGAUACAGAACCAGGGCCACGGGAGGUGGCUCUGACAGUUAGAAAUGCCCACUGUACCCAUGUGAAAGUCACGUCCUUGCUUGUGUGGUUUUUCCAUCGUUAGAUUUAUGGGCCUGGGAUAGGCUGCUGCUUGGUUAAAAGCCCUAUGACGCACACGGGCAUAUCCACACCUAUUCCCACAGUUGCCGGAAUUCAGACAGUUGCUUUUUAUGCAACACGUUGGUUGGGACUUAUCCACAGUAGAAGCCAAUAAAGCCCUUAAUCCGGGAGAAAGUAUGUACCCUCGCCACCCCACCACUGGAAAACAUGCUUUUUAAACUAUCGAGAAAAAGUCUGUACAGCUUUUGGUUUCUAGUCGCAUGGUUUGGUCUGAUCGGGCUUUGUGCAUAAAGGAGGAUCCCAGACAAUGGAACUGUCCCUGCUCCCACCUCCAGAAGUUCCCAGAUACUUGGGAGUAUCCGGAUGGACACGAAGUCCCCAUUCAACACAAGGAGCGAGGCCUUUGCUCCCACUGAAAAUGGCUGGGAUGUGAGCCAGGCAGCUCUGUUUUUCCAAAUCAAACGUUCUGGAGGGUUUUUUUCUGGCCUCCCCUCCAGAGGUGCCCUUCUGAGCUAUAGAACACUUUCUGGCACUUUCUCCAUGUGACUGGACCUAGGCUGUUUGGGGGCCCAGCGGCCAGAGCUGUGGCUGAGCCUCUGUGGCCAGCUCUAGGGGAGCCUCGUAGGGGGUCUGCUGGCCUGGGAGACUGGGUGUCUAAUUCAGAGCACACGCUCCCUGGUAGAGUGCCCUCUGUAUAUGUCUCCUGUCCAGCUGCUGCCAGUUGCUAGGUGUCUAAAUACAAAGCGAGCCUUGAUUACCUAGAGAGGAAAGAGCGCUGCCAGCCAGAUGGGGCCAGGCGCACGUGCAGACGCAGGAGCUGCCGAGGGAAGGGCAGGGGAGGCCUGGCACAGCCCAGGUGCCCAAGAGGCAGACUGGGCACUGUUUCCACAGGGCCAUGGGAUCUUCCUGGGACCCAGCAAAUAGCAGGUAAAUAGAACCAGAGGGCUUUCGUGCCCAGAAAGAACCCCCUUAGAAACAACCAACACCAAAAACUUCUGAGGCUGUGACCCAUCCCUUGAGUCCCCAUGAGACAAUGCCGGGAUGCUAGGCUGAACGCUGCCGUCUUUGUUCAUCUUCUCUAACAGGUGAAGCAGGAGCAGUGAGUUGAAAAGUUGUACAUAAUAAAUAUAUUUAUCCUGCUAUUUAUUUUUUCAAUAACUGUGACCUCCUGCACUGUGAAUGCUCUGUGAUAUGAGAUCCUUAGUUUAAUAAAACUGUCAUUAAAUUUGAAUGAAUUGAUAUUAUUGGUUACUAAACACUGGCAUGAGUUUAUUCUUAUUGUGAAGAAAAAUCUAGACUAAAUAUUGAACUAAAUCUUUAUAAGAAACCUAAAAGUCAGUAUUGUAAUGCAAUAUAUGAAAAUCUGUACACUGUCAAUAAAAUAAGCGAAUACAAGUUGUCUUUCCCUAUA